AUGUCGUUUUCCCUGUCUCCUCUGCUAGACACGCUACCGACGGACUCUGUACCCGAGUCAAGCGGGCUUAUCCACCCCCGCCCUGCUGUCACUGCCUCGCCUGCGUCAUCCAUCUGGCGAGAUCUCCCCGAGAGCCUCUUCCGCCAGCAUGUCGUUGCUCUAGAGAAACUAACCAAUGCUGUGCCUGUCGACGCCCAAUCCUUCCCGCUGUCAUCCCAUGCAAUAGCAACUUCAGAUGGGACUGUGGAGGCACGUGUUAAAGUGCAUGCAGAUCCCCCCGAGUCUCCAGAGACAAUUUGGGCGGACCUUUACCACCGAAACUCCGCCGGCCACCCCGAGCAUCCUCGUCACCGCCUGCUAUCAACUGCCACGGAGCAACGCCUGGCAAAUGACAUUGCCUACCUCGUUGCUGUUGGGGAGGGGGCGCAGUCAGUUGCCGCUGCCACUGUUCAAGAAGGCCGGAUAAAUAUCGAUGCCUCAACCGGAGGCCUCGAUGGAGGCCGCGAUCUGGAUCAGCAACCACUUGCAGCAAGUCUCAAGGUUACCAUCGCAUCCGCCGACGCGAUCGAGCCCGAUUCCCAGGCUUUCCUGCGCUCCGUCUUCCAAAUACUCUCUGCCCCGCCGCCUGCCAAGCCCUUACAUCGCCUCUUGGACUUGGUCAUCCGGCAUCACCAAGCCCGCCUCCUCAACCGCCUCCGAUCCGCCAAAUGGAAGAAGCCAGCCUAUCUUGCCCGCACGCACAAGAAACCCCUGUUUGCCGACUUUGCAAACCUCAUCCACCGCGCUCAGUUUCUUUACUCCAAAAAAGAAGCAGCCGUGCGGGCGCAGCUUGAACAGGAACUCUUGCAGAUGGCCGACUUACUGGAAGCUUUCGAGUCGGAGACGGACGACCACGAGAAGCUGAUUGAAAUUGCGCAGUCUAGCUACCAAUUCUGCACGUCAACCCUGAUCGCGAACUAUUUUGACCGUUUACAAGCUAUCAGGGCAACAGCUCAAAUUCAGGCCUGCCUCAAAACUUUGCGUCAGCUUGAAAAGAUUGCUGCUUAUUACCGCAUAUGUCAAACUUUGAUUAGUUUGUCCCGUUCGCAUCCCACCAGUUUCGAGAGCGUCCAACUCCUUUUUCUACCACCUUAUGAGGCAGUGCCUCUUACUAUAGCCUACCAGCCGUGGGCAAAAUCUACCCACGUGCACGCGGAAGUCAUUCUAUCCGUACAUCACGACUUGGAAGGGUCUGACAGUCCCUGGCACAAGCCAAGAUGUCUAGGGGCCUCCAAGUACUUUUGCUACCUCUGCUUCUUGUUCAUCCGACAUCAUGGGGCUUACUUUGCCGCCAAUACGCACGGGGCUUGCUACGACCAAUGGACCAUUCCAGACCUUGCUGACUAUCCCGAGUCCCUUGCAGAGCACUACAGGAAUGUUGUACGAACGAUGGAUGAGGAAGUUCAACAUCAAACGCGAGGCGCGAAAUGGAGGCCGGAGCCGAUGACAAGCCGAGAGAACUUGAUAGGACUAGUAGACGAUUAG